GGAAAAUGCCUUCUUUCUCACGGAGGGUUUGGCCUGCACUUGGGCUGCUUUUGUUCCCCUCCACUGUGGCCGCAGACGAGGCCUCACUCCUGGAUGGCUGGAGCGAUGUCUGGUUCUUUCGCUUCCUCGUCAACAUGCUGGGAUACGCCACCAUCGUCGUCCCCGGCUACUUUCUCAUUAGAUACUUUAAGCGCUCCAGUUACAUAGAGAGAGGUAGCGGGCUGUGCUAUCCGCUCGUAAAGACGUGUGUGCAUGGCAGCGAGGACAAAACCGGCCUGCUGGAGGAUGGAUCCGUUACCAGCAGGAACGAGGUUGAAUCAGGCUCAUCAGUCAAACACGCUUUAAAGUUAAUCUUCUGUGCUGCAGGACUUCAGGUGUCGUAUCUAACAUGGGGAGUCCUUCAGGAGAGAGUGAUGACUCGUUCCUAUGGAGCGGCGACUCCAGAGGGUGAGGGUGAGGGUGAGCGAUUCAAGGAUUCUCAGUUUCUGGUCUUCAUGAACCGCAUCCUUGCUCUGACCGUGUCAGGGAUUUGUUGCAUGGUGUUCAAAUAUCCUCGCCACGGCGCGCCCAUGUACAAAUACUCCUUCGCUUCGCUCUCCAACAUCCUGAGCAGCUGGUGCCAGUACGAGGCCCUCAAGUACAUCAGCUUCCCCACUCAGGUCCUGGCCAAGGCCUCCAAAGUCAUUCCUGUUAUGCUCAUGGGAAAGCUCGUGUCCCGUAAAAGUUACGAAUACUGGGAGUACUUCACCGCCGUGCUCAUCUCCAUUGGCGUCAGCAUGUUUCUGCUGUCCAGCACGACCAGCAAGCACCCAUCCACCGUCACCACCUUCAGUGGGAUCAUCAUUCUCGCCGGCUACAUCGUUUUCGACAGCUUCACCUCCAACUGGCAGGACAAUCUGUUCAAGUACAAGAUGUCGUCUGUUCAGAUGAUGUUCGGGGUCAACUUGUUCUCCUGCCUCUUCACGGUCGGCUCGCUGCUCGAGCAGGGGGCCUUCUUUGACUCGCUGGCCUUCAUGACGCGUCACUCGGAGUUCGCCUUUCACGCCGUGCUGCUGUCGGUGUGCUCGGCGUGCGGUCAGCUCUUCAUCUUCUACACCAUCAGCCAGUUCGGCGCUGCCGUCUUCACCAUCAUCAUGACGCUGCGGCAGGCCAUCGCCAUUCUUCUCUCUUGUUUCCUUUACGGUCACCCCAUCACCAUAGUUGGUGGUUUCGGCAUCGCUGUGGUUUUCUUGGCACUUUUCCUGCGAGUGUAUGCGCGCAGUCGCAAGAAGCCAAGCCGUCAGGCUGCAGUAAUGCAUAUACAGAAGGUGUAACCCUCCAGAAGUCGCACCAAACUGGGAAAUAAAACCACGUUUUUGUGGUUCUGUUUGACUUUUUGUUUACUGGUAUAUUUUUCCUGUUCUUUUACAUUUAUUAUUUUAUUUCUUGGCAUCGGUACGGAAAGGGAAACCGCAGUUUGGACUCAGCUCAAGAUGCCCCCAAGGGGUCCAGGUGAAAUUUAAGGUCACAGAAGUUUUGAGUGCCUGUAAGAUUCUUAUAACUGCAAACUGCCUCUUACACUUUCAGUUUAACAGGGUUUUUUGUUGUUUUCUUUACCACCACACGUGGCUUGUGCAUACAGUUUAAAGUUACUGAAUCGCUAAGCAUUCAUAUUUUUUUAAGCAUUAACAAUAUUUUCCCAUGAUGAAAAAAAUCAAAGGUUCGAGAAAGACACUAUUUCUGUAAGGUUGCAAAACCGUCAUGAGAAUCCUCCAUCGGAGGACAGGGAGUUCUGUAAUGUGAAUUUUUAUUGUUUUGAGGACGCUGUCACGGUUUGUCCUCACACUUUUAUGUAUUUUCAUAUGUUUAAUUUUGUCAGCAGCUGAAAUCGACACCAUUUUUGUCAACGUAUUGAACAAAUUGUACAUUUCUA